GCUGACAGUUGAAACCCUCCAUGAAACAGUAUUAACUCACAAUCCACAUGAAAAUGGUUCCGCUGCAAGAUCUGUGUUUAUAUUCACUUAGACUAAGCUAGUAAUUAUGUUUUGCACUCACUUGUGUGAGCCUUGGAAUGAGUUUGCAUGAGGGUAGCAUCACUGUAGACCUGCAUGGUGGACAGUCAGUGCUUCUGUGCUCUAGUAAUGCUGAGACUGCUCAAUGCUGAGCUGCAUUGAGAACAGGUUUAGAGAGCUUGAAUGCCUUCUGCUGAGGCAGGCCAUCCCACUAGCUACUCUUUGCAGCUCUGCUCACCUUUGUAUCCCCUCCACAAUGAUGGAAUGAGAGCACCAGUGCUCAUUGUUCUCAAGCCAAUGGGAAUGGUCCAAAUGACUUUAGCUAUGCAUGUAUGCAUAUGUGCAUGCAUGGUACACAUGUGGCAUGAAUGUCAUUUGCCUCAAACCCUGGCCUCCACUCCCAUGACCAGGUGAACUGGGCGUCAUUUAGCAGGACAGCCAAUCAGAGGUCAGAGCUUUGGAUUUAUGCCAGGGAUUUUAGGCCUAAACGUUGUUGGCCAAAGGCUGUUUUUGCAACAUCAAAUAAACAACUUUGUGAGACAAGAUGCCCUACACACCACCAGGCUUUUUUUGUGACCGGCUAAUCCGGGAGAGAGAGAGAAAGGAUGGAGAAGGAUCUGUGACCAAACCUCUUCGAUUCAGUGGCCAGGACUUUAAGACCCUGAAACAGGAUUGUCUUCAGAAAAAAGUGCUAUUUGAGGAUGAUACCUUCCCAGCCAGUGUGGAUUCCCUGGGUUACAAGGAACUGGGCCCCAAGUCCAGCAAGGUCAAGAACAUUGUCUGGAAAAGACCCAAGGAUAUUUGUGAUAAUCCACAGUUCAUCGUUGGAGGUGCCAGCAGAACAGACAUCUGUCAGGGAGACUUGGGAGACUGCUGGCUGCUUGCUGCCAUUGCUUGCCUUACUCUGAACGAUAAGCUACUGUAUCGGGUUGUUCCUCAAGAGCAGAGUUUCUCUGAAAAUUAUGCAGGAAUCUUUCAUUUUCAGUUCUGGCGUUAUGGUGACUGGGUGGAUGUUGUGGUUGAUGAUCGGAUUCCUACCAUCAAUAACCAGCUGGUGUUCACCAAGUCUGCUGAGAGGAAUGAAUUCUGGAGCGUUCUUCUUGAGAAAGCAUAUGCCAAGCUGCAUGGUUCUUACGAGACUCUGAAAGGUGGAAACACGGCUGAGGGAAUGGAAGACUUCACUGGAGGAGUAACUGAGUUCUAUGAAAUGAAGGAUGCACCCAAAGAACUUUACAAGAUCAUGAAAAAGGCCUUGGAGCGAGGCUCCCUCAUGGGUUGCUCUAUUGAUGCCUUGGUCCCAGCCCGCCUGGAAACUCGCACCACGACUGGGCUAGUGAAAGGUCAUGCCUAUUCUGUAAUUGCUGUGGAUGAGUGUAAACAGAGCGCACAAAAAGAAUCUAAAGUGCGUCUGGUGCGUCUCCGUAAUCCAUGGGGCCAAGUGGAGUGGAACGGACCAUGGAGUGAUAAUUCAAAGGAGUGGUCUACCAUCUCUAAGGAAGAAAAAGAAAAAUUGCAUCAACAGAUUGCAGAAGAUGGAGAAUUCUGGAUGUCCUUUGCUGAUUUCAUGAAGAACUACACCAAGCUUGAAAUCUGUAACCUGACCCCUGAUGCUCUGGAUGAUGAUAAGCUCCACAAGUGGACAGUGUCUGUGAAUGAGGGCCGCUGGGUAAGAGGCUGCUCUGCUGGAGGCUGCAGAAAUUAUUUAGACACAUUUUGGACAAACCCACAGUAUCGUCUUUGCCUUCUUGAGGAGGAUGACGACCUGGACAACAGUGAGGCAGUCUGCUCUUUCGUGGUGGCUCUCAUGCAGAAAAACAGAAGAAAAGAACGCAAACUGGGUGCCAGUUUAUUCACUAUUGGAUUUUCCAUCUAUGAGGUGCCAAAGGAGAUGCAUGGUAACAAGCAGCACAUGCAGAAGGAAUUCUUCCAGCUGAACUCAUCCAAGGCUCGCAGCAAGGCCUACAUUAACUUGCGGGAGGUGACUCAACGCUUCAGGCUGAGCCCUGGGGAGUAUGUCAUUGUGCCUUCCACCUAUGAGCCCCACCAGGAAGGCGAGUUUCUCCUCCGUGUCUUCUCCGAAAAGAAGAAUGUCUCUGAGGAAAUAGAGAACAGGAUCAAAGCUGACCAUCCAGUGCCAGCUCCAGCCUCAGCAGGGGACGAGACUGAGGAGGACCAGCAUUUCCGCACCAUUUUUCAGCAGAUAGCUGGCGAUGAAAUGGAGAUCUCGGCCAACGAGCUGAGAAACGUCCUGUUCAGGGUGUUGGCUGAGAACAAGGACAUGAAUAAAGAGGGCUUCAGUCUAGAGAGCUGCCGUAGCAUGAUUGCCUUCAUGGAUAUGGAUGGAACAGGCAGACUCAAUCUACAAGAGUGUAGACAGUUGUGGAAUAAGAUCAAAGAGUGGCAGGAAAUCUUUAAGCACUAUGAAGCUGAGCAGACUGGCUUCAUCAGCAGCUAUGAGAUGAGAAAUGCAAUCAAUGAUGCAGGGUUCCGUCUCAACAACCCACUGUACAACAUUGUGACAAUGCGUUACGCCAAUGAGAACAUGAACAUCGACUUUGACAGCUUUGUCAGCUGUCUUGUGCGUUUGGAGGGGAUGUUCAGAGCGUUCCAGGCCUUUGAUCAGGAUGGAGACGGCACUAUCAGGCUGUCUAUAAUGGAGUGGCUCCAGUUGACCCUGUAUGCCUAAACACACUCAGGAUCCAGGUGAACCCAAAGAACAGGACCAGAACCACCAGCCUUUACCUCAAACUCAAUGUUCCAAACCUCCACCACUUCUCUCUGUGUAUUUUUAGCCUUGAUAUAGCACAAUUGUUUACAAUCUUCACAUAAAGUAGUCAUUACUAAACUUUAACACCAUUCCACAUACCGGAGAGUCCAGUACAGGAGACAUGGCAUUCACAUGUAGUCAGGCAUGUCAUCAUCUCUUCAACCGCAUGUUUUAGACCAUGUGAAAGGUUUUGCAGUACUGAAGCCUCCUAAGUGUCCUGAGGCUCAUCUUCUGUGUACACGGUGGCACCAUUCAUCUCUAGAAUUCUGUUUUAUCCUACAACACUUUUACUUUAUUUCCUUCCUUAACUGCACUGCUCAAGGUUUCACGCCACAUUUUGCUACUGUUCAUACACUUUCAUUUUGUUCCUCUUUAGGCCCGUCUUCUGAUCUCUUUCUCACUCAUAUACCCACACCUGAAACCUCUUGCUUCCUGUUACAAUACAGUACCUCAGAUUUUUCUUUGAAUACCUCUGCUCUGUUUUUUACUAACUGGCUGUGAUAAACAAAUCCAUGAACUUGAAUUAGAUAAAAGAUCAGUUUUCACACAUUUCACUUUCAGGCUAUUCACUUUUGUUGUCGGAAGCUCCCUCUGUCUUUGUUUCCACAAGCCUGUUAGUAAGUUGUUUGGUGGAAAAAAAAACAUUAACAGCAAGAGGAAAUACCUAACAGAACCCACUCAAAUGCAGAACUCAGAAAUGUGUUCAGAGUUUGUUUCCACUGCAUACGUGGAGAUUAAACUUUUCUUUUGGUGAUGAAUACAUUUAAGGUUUGGUCAGAAGAGUAUACCAAGUUCUUUACCUCUUUAUUCAAAUAAAUGACUUCAGUUCUUGGCUCAA